AUGGAACCACCUAUCGAGGAUGAUGUCGCAGUUUAUCACGCGAUUCCAUCAGAACCAGGUGUGGAUGAUGAGGAUAUCGUAGAAUCCGAAGGAUUCGGACCGAAUCCCAACGCGCUCAUGUUCUCAGUAUCGAUGACCUUUGCGGAGUGGAUCCAGAUGUUAUGGGUGACUUAUUUGAUAGAAACACCGCUAUACUAUAUCGUAUUCACAUUGUUAUUCGCCAUUUUGUUCAUAUUAAUGGCACUCGUGAACGUUUCCAACCCCGGGGUGAUGACCAAAAAUACUGAUCUGGAGUUGUAUAAAAAUGAAGGUGCCCCGGCAACAGCCGUCGAACUGCGAAAUGGCCGAUUUAUCCAGCGCUGGUGCGUCACAUGCCAUAUAUACAAACCGCCUCGAGUGAAACAUUGUUACGAAUGCCGGCAAUGUGUAGUGCGGUUCGACCACCACUGCCCAUGGCUCUCAAAUUGUAUCGGAGGACACAACUACAAAAUAUUCGUCAUGUUCUGGCUAUGGUACUUGAUCACGGAGUGCUAUGCGCUAACUGUCAUACUAUCCUGCAUUAAGAAACUAUCGGAUAUCACAAAAAGUGCCGGAUUAGGUAGCGGGUUACGUGUAUUCGCAUCCAAUCACACGUUCCUGUUCAUCAUCACAGUAGUGGCCUGUAUACAUACACUAUUGGUUGUAUAUAACGUACUUGGUAACGCUUACUUCGUUGCUCGUAACAUGACCUAUUACGAGUUCCUCACAAGGCCGUAUCAAGGUAGUAACCCAUUUGACAAUGGAAUAUAUAGGAACCUUAAACAUUUCUGGUCACUACCAUGGUUGGAUAUCAGGUCGUGA